UUUUGGGCCUCCAGAAACCAACCAAAUGUUGAAAUUAUGAACAUAAAAGAAAAUAAAUAAUAGUUUUCUUUAAUCAAACAAAGGAAAGGUGUAACAACCGAUUUUCCAUAGAUUCUUUGGAACAAGAAAGAAGGAACCUCUGAUCACCAACUGUACCUGUGUCUCUCUCUAACACAUACAGAUAACAUACUAUUAGAUCAAUCGAGAUACUCGCCGAUCUAAUCGGAAAACCCCUCUUCGAUCAAUCGAUUUAGAGAUAUGGCUACUAUGCAGACUUGGCGGAAAGCCUACGGCGCUCUUAAAGAUCAAACCACAGUCGGAUUAGCCCACGUCAAUAGCGAUUUCAAGGAUGUGGAUGUUGCCAUCGUUAAAGCUACAAAUCAUGUCGAAUGCCCACCCAAAGAGAGACACAUCAGAAAAGUUUUGGCUGCCACAUCUGCGAUUCGUCCUCGAGCAGAUGUACAGUAUUGUUUACAUGCCCUAGCAAGACGAUUAGCCAAGACUCGCAAUUGGACGGUGGCAUUGAAGACGCUAAUAGUUAUACAUAGAGCGCUAAGGGAAGGUGAUCCAACAUUCAGGGAAGAACUUCUAAAUUUCCAACAAAGAGGGCGUGUUCUUCAAUUAGCUAAUUUCAAGGAUGAUUCAAGCCCUAUUGCUUGGGAUUGUUCUGCUUGGGUUCGUACAUAUGGACUCUUCUUGGAAGAACGACUCGAAUGCUUUAAAAUCUUGAAAUAUGACAUUGAAGCCGAACGUAUCCCUAGACCUGCUCAAGGUGAAGAUAAUAAGGGUUAUAGUAGAACUAGGGAUUUGGAUAGUGAACAAUUAUUGGAGCAAUUGCCCUCAUUACAACAACUAUUAUACCGGCUUAUGGGAUGCAGGCCUGAAGGGGCAGCUGUUGGGAAUUAUGUCAUACAAUAUGCCCUUGCAUUGGUACUCAAAGAGAGCUUUAAAAUUUAUUGUGCAGUAAAUGAUGGAAUUAUCAAUCUCAUUGAUAAGUUUUUUGAGAUGCCAAGACAUGAAGCCAUUAAAGCACUGGAUAUAUAUAAAAGAGCCGGUCAACAGGCUGGGACUCUUUCUGACUUCUAUGAAGUUUGCAAAGGAUUGGAACUUGCUAGAAAUUUCCAGUUCCCUGUUCUUAGAGAGCCUCCACAAUCCUUUCUUGCAACAAUGGAGGAAUACAUAAGAGAAGCACCACGAAUGGUCUCCGUUCCAUCAGAAACUUUGGAAUAUCCAGAAAGGCUUAUGCUGACAUAUAAACCAGAAGAAGACACCGACCCUCAAGAGGAUACAAAUUCACCCAUUGACGAAGCUAUACCCGAAUCGACAGACGAUUAUGUGUCAAAUGACGAUUCUGCCCCUGCCCCUUCACCUCCCCCUCCCCCACCAACUUUCAACAGCCGAGAUCCCGAUGAUUUACUGGGGUUAAAUUUCGAUGCGCCAAAUGCAUCAUCACUAGAGGAUAGCAACGCAUUGGCUCUUGCCAUUAUUCCAACUGAUGGGGUGUCAAAUGGAUCUGGUGGUGUUCAAACAAAAGAUUUUGAUCCAACUGGAUGGGAACUUGCAUUGGUCUCCACUCCCAGCACUGAUAUUUCUUCAUUUCAAGAUCGCCAACUGGGUGGUGGAUUGGAUUCACUGACACUCAACAGCUUAUACGAUGAAGGUGCAUACAGAGCAUCCCAGCAACCAAUAUACGGGUCGCCCGCACCCAACCCGUUUGAAUCAGGCGACCCGUUUCAUUCUGCUCCACCUCAACAUCAACCCCAACCUCAACCCAACCCGUUUGGUGGUCCAUACCAGCCACCUGCUGCCACCUACGGGCCGCCACAGCCGAACCUAAUGAUGGCCCCACCAAACCCUUUUGUUGAUUCAGGGUUUGGGUCGUUUCCGGUCAACAGCAACAAUCAGCCGCCAACCACCAACCCGUUUGGGGCGGCUCUGUUAUGAUGAAUGAAUGAUAUCAUUUUGUUAUAACAUAUAUGAAAAAUGAAUUUGAAUAUUUUUUUUAGUGUAAAUUUGAAAUUGAGAAGCUCUUUUGUGAGUGUUUUAGGUGAUUUUUGGUGUAUUAUUAUUAUAUUCUCCAUGUGAAUUUUGUUGUUGGUCAUAAGUAUGCAAAAAAAUGAAAAAGCAAAAAAAAUCAUGGCAGGUCGUAUGAUACUACGGUCUUUUAUGCAA